CUACCUUUUUAGCUUCAAGGAAUAGUAUUCUAAAUUUGUUAAGAAGAAUCACUUUUUAAGGCUUUGCUUACUAGACGUUUUCUUUCUAGAGUCUUAAUGUUGUUCCCUUUUUACUUUAAAUAUUACAUUUUUGGAGCAUCUUAUUUAUUUUAGUGCUAAUGUAAAAAAAUUAAAAAAAAAUUUGAGAUGAAAUGUAUAUGAUUUCCAUAUUUUUAGCCUUUUUGGCAAGAUUAUAGCUAUUGAAAUGACUUACGGUAUUUUGGUAGUCUGAAAAUAGCCCCCGAAAAGAUAUCUGUAGCAUAAUCCCUGGAACCUGUAAAUGUUACACCUUAUGGCAAAGACUUUGUGAAAAAAAUAUGGUUAAAUAAAGGAUUUUGAUGUAGGGAGAUUAUUCUGGAUUAUCCAGGUAAGUCCUAAAAUGCAAUCACAAGUGUCUUUAUAAAAGAGAGGUAAAGGGAGAUUUUACACACACACAAUAGGAGAAGGCAAUAUAACCAUGGAGGCAGAGAUUGGGGUGAUGCGGCCAUAAGCCAAGGAAUGAUGGUAUUCACAAGAACCUGGAAGAGGCAAGGGACAUAUUCCCUAGAGUCUCCAGAGGGAGUGCGGCCCUGCCAACACCUUUUUUUGACCCAGCGAACUUGAUUUCAGACUUCUAUUAAAGAAUACAUUUCUGUUUAAGCCGCUAAGUUUGUGGCAAUUUGUUAACAGCAGUGGUAGGAAACUUAGGUAUGUUCACAUAAACUCUAAAUCUAAGUGAGAGUGGCUAUUUUGUGCUAACUGAAAAAACUAAUGGAAACAUUUUUUGUUGUAUAUUUCCUUCACGUUAAAGCUUUUUACGGUUUUGCCUCUUUUUUGUUCAUGCCUAUCGUACGGGUUCCUACAAAGUAGAAGUAUCUUGUUUGUACAGGUUCCUACGAAGUAGAAGUAUUUUGUUUUUGCAAGUGUGAUAAAAUAUAAUCUUCUCAUGUAUCUUUUUAUAAGCACAUGUUUGCAUUCUAAUUGCUAGGACUGUUUAUUUUUUAAUGGGUUAUUGCUUUUGCUUCCCGCCCCUGCCCCGAGAAUGUACUUUCCAAAUGAGUAGUCAGUAUGUUUGAAUUUUGUAUUAAUGCAUUUAUCAUUGUAUAAUUUUUAUAGUGUUCAUUUAUGUCAUAUCAGACAGCCUCAGAGAUUUAGCAGGAUUAUCACUGGUAAUUCAUUACUGUGCAUGAAUACUUCUGGACCUGAGAAUGGGGGAAAAAUCAUUAUUUCUCUUAAUGAUACACUUAACUAAUACCCACAUAUAAGCAGCAGAAGUACUUCAAGAUCUUCAAAGGAAGAUUCUGGCACAAAGCACUAAGCAGUGUUUAAGAGUGCUAGACUUUCUGCCUAUGUGUUGUUUUGUGGUUUAGAGUCACUUAAAUGGAAUGCUGAAAUAGAAAAUGAAGUAUUUGGUGAAAUUAAUUUUGGAAGAGUUAAAGGGUGAGAUAGUAUUUUUAACUAAUACGUGAAUUUUGUAUUCUUAUUCAUUCUUGAACUUUUCUUGAAAAUUAGGAUGCUAGUGAGCAUUUCUGGAAAGUAGGGAUUUUAGAAAUUAUUAGAAUUUAUUUUCAUGAAUUAAUGGCGAAAUCCUUUUUAAAGUAGUCUCAAACAAAAAUAAUUUUAGAACAUUGAGAGUCAACGGGUUGGGGGUGUGGAUAAGUUUAUACUGUAGAUGUAGAUUACUCUGGAUUUAAGAACAAAUACAUGCAAAAGCUUGCCUUUGCCCACAAGUAGAAUUACACCACAAAAUAGCUGAAUACUUUGAUCUGUAGACACAGCUAGUAAUUUGACACCCUUAUUACCCUUCCUCUGAGUGGCUCCUCUCUUGCCCUCUUUUAUUUCAUCUCUCCAACUUCAAAAAAAAAAAAAAAAAAAACUCUUCCUGUGGCUUUGCCUACCAUAUUUAUGUUGCUGUGGUGGUUUUGUUUUGCUUUGUUUUGCUUAGGGUCCCCUCCUUCCCUAACAACAAAGUUUGCUCGUUGCAACUUUUCCAACUCUUAACAAUUUAAUUUGUUUGCUCAGUGUUAGAAAACUGCCGUGACUUGUCCUGGGAAAUGAAAUUAUACUUUGGUCUUUAUAAUGUUUGCUUUACAUUCUUGACUUUUUUUUUUAAUAUCUCUUGAGUCUAUACUUCAGUGACACUAAAUUUCUCUUGAAAUACUUAAUAAUCAUCUAAGAAGUUACUGCAAUUAUCAAUUCAUAAAACAAUCUGGAUCUCAAAGAGUGAUUUAGAGUUAGACUACCUUUUUUUAUUUUAUUUUUUAUUAUUAUUUUAUGGUACUUUAGAUGAAGGUGUACAGAACAAACUAGCUUCUCAUUAAACAAUUAAUUAGUACACAUAUUGUUUUGUGACAUUGGUUAUCAACCCCUUGACAUGUCAACGCUCUCCCUUCCCUUCUCGAACUUGGGGUCUCUGUUACCAGCUUUCCUGCACCCUCCUGCCUGCUAGUCGUUGUCCCUGGGCUGGUGUGCCUCAAUAAUCUCAUUUUGUUUAUGGGCCUGUCUAAUCUUUGGCUGAAAGGUGAAAAUCACCAGUGAUUUCGUUACUGAGCUGAAAGGGUGUCCGGGGGCCAUACUCUUGGGGUUUUUCCAGUCUCUGUUAGACCAGUAAGUCUGGUGUUUUUUUUGUGAGUUAGAAUUUUGUUCUAUAUUUUUCUCCAGCUCUCUCUAGGACCCUCCAUUGUGAUCUCUGUCAGAGCAGUCUAUGGUGGUAGCCAGGCACCAUCUAGUUGUACUGAACUGAGUCUGGUGGAGACUAUACUAGUUGUGGUGCAUUAGUCCUUUGGACUAAUCUUUCCCUUGUGUGUUUGGUUUUCUUCAUUGUCCCUUGCUCCAGAUGAGGUGAGACCAGUGGAGUAUCUUAGAGGGCUGCUCAUAAGCUUUUAAGACCCUAGACGCUACUCAGCAAAGUAGAAUGUAGAGCAUUUUCUUUAUAAGCCGUGUUAUGCCAGUUGAACUAGAUGUUCCCUGGGACCAUGGUCCCCACAGCCCACAGCUCAGUAAUUCGGCCCCUCAGGGAGUUUGGAUGUGACUAUGGAGCCUCCCUGACCUUGCCUCGUAAAAGUUGUGCUGGCUUCUCCAGUAUUGUGUACUGUCUUACCCUUCACGAAAGUUACCAUUUAUCUAUUGUCUGUUUAGUGUUUUUCCGCCCCCACCCCAUCCCUCCCAGGUAACCAUCAACGAUUGUUUGUUUGUGUAUGUAAAUCUUUUCAUGAGUUUUUAUAGUAGUGGUCUCAUACAAAAUUUAUCCUUUUGUGACUGACUUUUUUCGCUCAGCAUAAUGCCCUCCAGAUUCAUCCAUGUUGUAAGAUGCUUAGCAGGUUCAUCAUUGUUUUUUGUGUAGUGUUCCAUUGUGUGUAUGUACCAUAGUUUGUUAUCCAUUCAUCUGUUGAUGGGCAUCUAGGUUGUUUCCAUCUUUUAGCUAUUGUGAACAAUACUGCAGUGAACAUGGAUAUGCAUAUGUCUGUUCGUGUGACUGCCCUUAUUUUUCUAGAAUAUAUUCCUAGGAGUGGGAUUGCAGGAUCAUAUGGUAUUUCUAUUUCUAGCUUUGUAAGGAAGUGCCGUAUCAUUUUCCAAAAUGUUUGUACUGUUUUUCAUUCCCACCAACAGUGCAUAAGGGUUCCAAUCUCCAACAUUUUGAUAUUUUGUUUUUUGAUUCAUGCCAGUAAUGCUGGGGUGAGGUAGUAUACCAUUGUGGUUUUGAUUUGCACUUCUCUAAUGGCUAGUGAUUGUGAGCAUUUCCUCAUGUGUCUGUUAGCUGCUUGAAUGUCUUUGGUGAAGUGUCUUUUCAUUUCCUUUGCCUGUAUUUUAAGUGGAUUAUUUGUCUUUUUGUGGAGAGGUGUUGGAUUUUCCUAUAGAUUUUAGAUAUUAGAGAUUAGAAUUUUGUCAGAUUUUUCAUAGCCAAUUUUUUUUCCCCCAGUCUGUAGGUUCUCUUUUUACUCUUUAGAUGAGCUUAAGUAUUUAUUUUUUGAAGAUCCCAGUUAUCUAGCUUAUCUUCUAAAGUUUCUCUGUUGCUAGUUAUGGUUUAUAGCCUGCUAAUGCUGUGUAUUAAGGCCUUUAGUGUUGAUUCUGUUUUUUCUUCUAUGAUCUUUAUAGUUUUUGGUUUUAUAUUUAGGUCUUUUGAUCCAUUUUGAAUUAGUUUUUGUGUAUAGUGUGAGGUAUGGAUCCUGUUUCUUUCUUUUUUUGUGUGUGAUGGACAUCUAGUUUCGCCAGCACUAUUUGUUAAAAAGACUGUCUUUUCCCCGUUUGAUGGACUGAUCCUUUUCGUUUGGUGAAUGUAUCAGUCAUUGUGUCAGUUCCACCCUGUUUUGACAACUGUAGCUGUAUGGUAGGUUCUGAGGUCAGGUAAUGUGACUCUUGCUACUUUAUUCUUCUUCUUCAGUAGUACUUUACUUAUCCGGGGCCCCUUCCCUUUCCAUAUAAAAUAUAAAGUUAGUGAUUAGUUUUUCCAUCUCUUUAAAGAAUUCUGUUGGUAUUUGGAUCAGAAUUGCUUUGUAUUUGUAGACUGCUUGGGAUAGAAUUGACAUUUUUACAAUGUUGAGUCUACCUAUCCGUGAGCAUGGCAUGUUUUUCUAUUUAUGUAGAUGUCUUCCGGUUUCUUGCAGUAGAGUUUUGCAGUUUUCUUUGUAUAGGUCUUUUAUAUCCCUGGUUAGAUUUGUUCCUGAAUAUUUUGUAUUUUUAGGGGCUAUUAUAAAUGGCAUUGUUUUCCUGAUUUCCUUUUCAUCCUUUAUUGGUGUAUAGGAAUCUAACUGAUUUUUGUAUGUUUGCCUUGUAUCCUGGUACUCUGCUGAAUCUUUCUAUUAGUUCCACUAGUUUUCUCAUGGAGUCGUUUGGGCUUUCUGUAUAUAGUAUCAUAUCAUCUGCAAAUAGGGACAGUGUAACUUCUUCCUUACCAAUUUCGAUGCCCUUUAUUUCUUUUUCUUGCCUUAUUGGUCUAGCUAGGACUUCCAGCACAAUGUUAAAUAGAGGUGGUGAUAAAGGGCAUCUUUGUCUUGUUCCUGUUCUGAAGGGGAAUGUUUUCAGCCUCUCUUGAUUAAGAAUGAUGUUGGCUAUUGGUUUUGUAUAGAUGCCCUUUAUUAUGUAGAGGAAUUUCCCUUCUAUAUCUAUUUUUUUAAGAAUUUUUAUUAGGAAUGGGUGUUGGACUUUGUUGAAUGCCUUUUCCACAUUGAUUGAGAUGAUCAUGUGAUUGUUUUAUUUAUGUGGUGGAUUAUGUUGAUUGAUUUUCUAACGUUGAACCAUCCUUGCAUACUGGUAUGAAUCCCACUUGGUUGUGGGAGACAUUUUUUUUUUAACCCCAUCAAAAAAAUCAGUGCUAAUGAGUCAAAUUUUAGUGUAAAAUUAUGUUGAAUGAUAAAUCUUAGGCACUUUCAUUAAAAUUGGAGAUUAAACAUUCGUUUAAUUUACUCAAUUGAAUGUAGUGCUAUUUAUGGAAUUUCAGCUGUGUUGGAUGAGAUCAAGAUACCUAAUUUUGAGAGAUAUCGAAAUCAUUUAAUGAAAAUAAAUUUUGGAGAAAAUUGGAACAUUUCCCUUUUGUUUCCUUUAAUGAUCUUUCUCACCAUUAUUUUAAGAACCCAAAGGUAUAUUAUGUAUAUAAUUUGAAUGUGCCAUAUUAGGUAUACAGUAAUUCUUCUUCUGAAAAUGAAUCUGCUUAUUUGAAAGCCUGCCAUAAGCAGAUUACUCAUGCAUACCAGUUCCUUACCUGUGAGAAUGUCAGUGUGAAUGUUAUGAAUUUUAAGUCAUGCUUAUUGGGGAUAGUUUGAAAAGUGGAGACUUGAAUGUUGAGUAAAAAUAAAAAAAGUUGACAAGUUGGAUGACAGUGGUAGGGUAGAGAAUUUUCAAAUGUAACAUUAGAAUAGCUUAAGCAAAGUGAGGCAGAGUAAAUCUGGGCCUUAGAACUAAUCUAUUCUUCUGUUAGAAAGGUGUGGUGGGGAGGGAAAGGAAGCCAGACUUUCAUAAUAGAUGCUCACAGAGUCAGGGAUAGUAUUCUUUGUUCCUAGGAGCUUCAGAAUGAAAAUAGGUUCAUAAGAGUAGAGAUAAGGCUAUGUAACUUUGAACAUUAGUUUCAGAAGUAGCUGCUCAAUUAAGGUUGUUAUACGGAAUCAAUCAAUUGAAUUUUUCUAGUUUAAGCUUUUAUUUGUGGUUCCAGAAGAAUUUUCAAAUGUGCUUUUCCCCCUGAUUGUAUAAAUAGUAUGUGUUCACCAUAAAAGUCUAGAAAAGUUAAAAACAUAUUAAACAGUAGAAAUCAUCCUCUAGGAAUCUUUGUUAGCUUUCUGGUUUUUCUUUUUAGUAUUUUUUCUAUUCAUUUGUUCAUUUAAUAACUUAUUUAAUGCAUUUUAUUUUAAAAAUAAUGUAUGUUUGUUAUACCCAGAUGAGCAAAGUCAGUUCAGAAUUAUAAGACAUAAAUAGUAAAAAUUUAUCUUCCGCAGUUUUCUCCAAAGGUAAAGAGACUGUAUUGUAUUCCAUAGAAUGGGUGUGAUAUAAUUUGUUUAGUCCAGGGUUGAUGAAUACUUAAUUUCCAGGUUUUUUUUUUUACUGUUAGAAACAGUAUAGCUUGAACAUCAUGUUAUGCAUAUUUUUGCUUGCUUUGAAAAAUAUAGGGCAAUUUUCCUCCAAAAAUAUAUCAGUUUAUAUUCUCAGAAACAAGAUUUUAACUCACAGCCUUGUCAACCAUGGCUAAUUAAUUAACUUACAAAUUAUGAAUAAUACGACACCAGAACUGAAAGGUUGCGUACAUUGUAGAAACGGAAUCUCUAUCAAGGAGGUUUCUCCAUUCUAGCGUUAAAAUCCAUUGUACUUUGAAUGGAUCAUUUAGCUAUGUGUGAUUUUGUAACAAUAUUUAUUUGUCAUUUAGAAAAUACUGAUUCACUGAGUUAUAUAGAUAUUUCAAAUAUUGACACAUUUCAUUAUACAAAAUUAAGUUAGUAUACUGCUGAUCUUAGCAAAGUCUUUAUUGGGAAGUUGUUGAUGUCAUGGUACCAUAUACAAAUUUGACAAAAUUUUAAUUUCCACCUGGCAGCUUGAAUUUUAUUGUUAGUAACAAAUAAUUGUCAAUUUUUCUUUGAAGUAACAUCUUUCUUCAUUUUAGAGAAUGUCUUUUACUUAUUUUUCUUGCUUCAUUGUACUGUUAAGCAGAAGAAGUGAGAGUAGGAGAGGCUUGCUCUCAGUUACAGGGGAGAAGCAUUCAAUCUUUUGCCAUUAAGUAUGACAUUUCCAUUACCUGUUGCCACUGAGUCAGUUCUGACUCAUAGUGACCCUGUAGGACAGAGUAGAACUGCCCCAUAGAGUUUCCAAGGAAUGCCUGGUGGAUUCGAACUGCCAACCUUUCGGUUAGCAGUGUAGCUCUUAACCACUAUGCCACCAGGGUCCAAGUAUGGCAUUAGCUGUAGGUAUUUAACAGAUACUAUUCAGAAUGAACAAGUUACCCUCUUUCUUAGUUAUCUAGUGCUGCUAUAACAGAAAUACCACAAGUCUGGGUGGCUUUAACAAAGAGAAAUUCAUUCUCUCACAGUCUAGGAAGUUACAAGUCCAAAUUCAGGGUGUCAACUCCGGGGGAAGGCUUUCCCUCUCUGUCAGCUCUGGAGGAAGAUUUCUUGUCCUCAGUCUUCCCCUGGUCAAGGAGCUCAUCAGGUGUAGGGAGCCCAGGUCCAAAGGAUGUGCUCUGCUCUUCGUGCUGCUUUUUUGGUGGUAUAAAGUCCGCAACUCUCUGCUUGCUUCCCUUUCAUUUUCUGUCUUGAGAGAGAAAAGGUGGUGCACACCACACCCCAGGGAAACUCCCUGUACGUUGGAUCAGGGAUGUGACCUGAGUAAGAGUGGUGUUAUAAUCCCAUCCUAAUGCUCUCAACAUAAAAUUACAAUCACAAAAUGGAGGACAACUACAGAAUACUGGGAAUCAUGGCCUAACCAAGUUAAUACACACAUUUUUUGAGGGGGGACAUAAUUCAAUCCAUGACACCCCCUCUAUUCCUGAUUUGCUAGAGUUUUAUCAGAUGCUUUUUCUGCAUUAAGGUGCUUAAGGUCAUCAUAUAACUUUUCUUCUUUAGCCUGUUAAUAUGAUGAGUUACAUUGAUUGAUUUUAAAAUGUUAAACCAACUUCGCAUUCCUAGACAAAUCCCCGUUGGUCAUGGUAUGUUGUCCUUUGUAUAUAUUUCUGGAUUUGAUUUGCUAGUGUUUUGUAAAAGGAUUUUAUUCUGUAUUAAUGAGGCAUAAUGGUCUUUAGUUUUCUUGUAAUAUCUUUGUCUUGUUUUGAUACAAUGUAAUACUGGCAAAUAAGAUGAGUAGUAAAGUUUCCUCCUCUUUUGUUUUCUUAAAGUGUUCAUAUAGGAAUGGAUUGGUAUAAUGGCUGCAACAAUGGGCUCAAACAUAGCAAUGAUUGUGAGGAUAGACCAGGACUGGGCAGUGUUUCGUUCUGUUGUAUGUAGGGUCACUAUGAGUUGGAACUGACUUGAUCGUCCCCAACAACAACGAUAGGAUUGGUGUUACUUUUUCUUAAAUGUUGAAUAGAAUUCACUAGUGAAGCCAUCUGGGCCUAGAAUUUUCUUUGUAGGAAGAUUUUUUAUUAUGGAUUCAAUAUAUUUAGUUGCUAUAGGGCUAUUCAGAUUUCUUAUUCUUAUAUAAGUUUGGGUAAUUUGUACCUUUCAAGAAGUUUUUCCAUUUGAUUUAUAUUAUCAAAUUUAUUGCAUCAAAUUGGUCAUGUUAUUGUUAGGUGCCAUGAAGAUGGUUCCAACUCAUAGCAACCAAAAGGACGAGAAUGAAACACUGCCCUGUCCUGUGCAUCCUCACAAUUGUUGCUAAUGUUUAAACCCAUUGUUGCAUCCACUGUGUCCAUCCAUCUCGUUGAGGGUCUUCCUCUUUUUCACUGACGCUCUACUUUACCAAGCAUGAUGUCUACUCCAGGAACUGGUCCCUCCUGAUAACAUGUCCAGAGUAUGUGAGACAAAGUCUCACUGUCCUUGCUUCUAAAGAGCAUUCUGGCUGUACUUCUUCCAAGACAAAGUGUUCGUUCUUCCGGCUAUCCGUGGUAUGUUCAGUAUUCUUUGCCAGCGCCAUAAUUUAAAUGCAUCAAUUCUUCUUUGGUCUUCUUUAUUCAUUGUCCAGCUUUCGCAUGCUUGUGAGGCAAUUGAAAAUACCAUGGUUUAUGUCAGGCCCACCUUAGUCCUCAAAGUGACAUCUUUGCUUUUUCUAAACACUUUAAAGAGAUCUUUUGUAGCACAUUUGCCCAGCGUAAUAUGUUGUUUGAUUUCGUGACUGUUGCUUCCAUGGAUGUUGAUUGUGGAUCAAAAUGAAAUGAAACCCUUGACAGCUUAUCAUGAUAUUGGUUGUUGGUCCACUUCUGAGGAUUUAAAAAAAAAUUUUUUUUUGUUGAGGUAUAAUCCAUACUGAAGGCUGUAGUCUUUGAUCUUUAGUGGUGCUUUAAGUUCUCUUCACUUUCAGCCAGCAAGAUUGUGUCAACUGCGUGUUGCAGGUUGUUAAUUAGUCUUCCUCCAAUCCUGAUGUAGCAUUCUUCUUCAUAUAGUCCAGCUACUUGGAUUAUUUGCUCACAUACUGAUUGAAUAAGUAUGGCGAAAGGUUGCAGUGACAUCAGCAAUGAUAUUCUUCAUUCCACAUUCUCUUCUGUACCUGGCUUGAAUUUCUGGUAGUUCCCUGUUGAUGCUCUGUUGCAGAUGUUUUUGAAUUAUCUUCAGCAAAAUUUUACUUGUGUGUGAUAUUAAUGAUAUUGUUUGAUAAUUUCUGCCUUCUGUUGGAUCACUUUUCUUUGGAAUGGGAACAAACUUGGAUCUCUUGCAGUUGGUUGGCCAGGCAGUUGUCUUCAAAAUGUCUUAGCAUAAAUGAAUGCUUCCAGCAUUACAUUUGUUUGUUGAAGCAUUUCAGCUGGUAUUCCACCAAUUCCUGGAGCCUUGGUUUUUGCCAGCACCUUCAGUGUAACUUGGACUAAUUCCCUCAGUACCAUUGGUUCUUCAUCGUAUGCUGCCUUCUGAAGUGGUUGAAUGUUGGCCAGUUCUUUUUGGUACAGUGACUCUGUAUUCCCUCCGUCUUCUUUUGAUGCUUCCUUCAUCGUUUAAUAUUUUCCCUGUAGAAUUCUUCAGUAUCGCAUCUCGAGGCUUGCGUUUUUUUUCUUUAGUCCUUUUAGCUUGAGCAAUGCUGGGCAUGUUCUUCCGUUUUGAUUUUCUAACUCCAGGUCUUUGCACAUUUCAUUGUAAUACUUUACUUUGUCUUCUCUAGCCACUCUUUGAAAUUUUCCGUUCAGAUCUUUUACUUCAUCGUUUCUUCCUUUUGCUUUAGCUAUUCUACAUUCAAGAGUAAGUUUCAGAGUCUUUUCUGACAUCCAUUUUGGUCUUUUCUUUCUCUCCUGCCCUUUUUUUUUAAUGACCUCUUGCUUUCUUUAUGCGUGAUGUCCUUGGUGUUGUCCCACAACUUGUCCGGUCUUCAGUCAUUAGUGUUCAUUGAGUCAAAAAAUUGGCUAAUUUGUUGACUUUGUCAGUCUUUUAUUUCAUUGUUUUCUGCUUUUAUCUUUAUUAUUUUCUCUUCUCGCUUUCGGUUUUAUAUACUCUUUCUUUUCUAACUUGUUAAGGUGGAUACUUAGGUCAUCGAUUUUAACCUUUUCUUCUUUUCUGAUCUAAGCAUGUAUAGCUAUAUAUAAUCCUCUAAGCUCUACUUUAGUUGAGUCCCCAUAACAUGCCUUCUGCUUUAGUAGAUAGAACAUAUGGAAUUUUCUUGAUGGCUUGGGGUCAUUAUAUGUUUUAAUUACAUAUCAUUUAGUUGUAAAUAACAGAAUCCAACUGUACUGAUUUAAGCCAACAAGAACCAGGAGAAUCUGAGGAAUGAAAGGGCAGGAACAUAGCAGGUCCAAAGGUAGAGUAACUUUGGCAGCUGCUGACUUUCUGGUAUCAAAUGGCCUCUUAUUUCCUGCUUUCCUGGCAUACACUCGUACCUCUUCUUUCUUGGCUUUUAUGUACACAUGGUUUCCCUUGUAGCUACUUAUUAUAUUUCCUUUCAUUACAAUUAUUUGCACAGACUGUGUGAUUGCCUUUGAAUCCCAGCUGUAGAUUCCUAGGAGAAGGAAACUGAUAAGCCUAAUUUGGAUCAGACCACACCCUUUCCCCUAUUCAGUCAGCUUUAGCCAAGGGGUAGGGGAUGGUCAUUAAAAACAUGGCUGCAGGGGCCCUGUUCCCUUAUAUAUAUAAACGAAGGGCAUUUAUCUGAGAAAGAACCAUUAUGAGACCAGUAGACAUCUCUAAUUUUUUAUGUUCUGGGAAAAUAGAUUACUCACCUACCUUGUUAGAUUUGUCAAAUGUGAGUAAAUAGGAUUGAUGUGGAAAUACCAGGGGCAUUCCUCUAGCAUAGUGAUACAUAUUAAAAAACCACUGCAGUGAAGUCGAUUCUGACUCAUAGCGACCCCAUAGGAUAGAGUAGAACUGCCCUAUUGGGUUUCCAAGGAGCGGCUGGUGGAUUAGAACUUCCAGCCUUUUGGUUAGCAGCUGAACGCUGUGCUACCAGGGCUCUGUGAUAUUCAUUAGUGCUUGCAUUUUUGAGAAAUCUUUUUCUUCUUUUUGCUGCCCACAUACUGUUCUUGUAUCUUUCCUGGUUUUGAUUGCUGACUUUAAACCACCCAGUAUUCCCUUGUUCUGUUUGAACAGCUGCCUCUUGGCCUAUGUACAGGUUCCUCAUGAGUACAAUUAAGAGUUCUGCAAUUUUCAUUCUUCUCCACACAAUCCAUUAUUUGUUAUCAUCCGCAUAGUCGAAUGCCUUUGCAUAGUCAGUAAAACACAGGUAAACAUCUUUGUGAUAUUCUCUGCUUUUGACCAUGAUCCAUCUGAAAUCAGCAAUGAUAUCCCUCGUUCCAUGUCCUCUUCUGAAUCUGGCUUGAAUUUCUGUCAGUUUCUUGUCGAUGUAUUCCUGCAACCACUUUUGAAUUAUCUUUAGCAGAAUUUUUCUUGAGUGUGAUAUUAAUGAUAUUGUUUGAUAAUUUCUGCAUUCUGUUGGAUCACUUUGCUUUGGAAUGGGUACAAAUAUGGAUCUCUUCCAGUCGCUGUCUUUCAGAUUUCUUGGCAUAGAGGAGUGAGCACCUCCAGCGCUGCAUCUGUUUGUUGAAACACUUCAGUUGGUAUUCUGUCAAUUCCUUUAGUCUUGUUUUUCGCUAGCAUCUUCGGUGCAGCUUGGACCUCUUCCUUCAGUACCCUCGAUUCUAGAUCAUAUGCUGUCUCCUGAAAUGGUUGAACGUAGACCAAUUCUGUUUGGUAUAGUGACUCUGUGUAUUCCUUCCACCUUCUUUUAAUGCUUCUUUUAAAUUAUUUGGAAUUGUCUAGCUUCAUAGUUUUUCUAUACUUUAUGAUUGAGUAGUGUUAUUUACUCAUACACUAAGGAUAUACACUAGUGAUAGAAUUUGGACAUAGUUUUAGUCUAUUUUCCAUUUUUGUAUUGUGUUGUGAAUAUGAGUUCACUGAAGAAACUUUAAAUACGUAGGAGGAAUAGUAACCAAUCAGUUUACUACUGGUUAAUUUAGUUUCCCUGACCAAAGCAGAGAUAGUGUUCUGGGGGGGAAAAAAGUCAAAAUUUUUCUUACUUUUCUCUAGUUCUUGAUUUUGCUUGGUGGUGUAGUGGUUAAGUGCUACGGCUGCUAGCCAAAAGGUCGGCAGUUCAAAUCUGCCAGGCGCUCCUUGGAAACUCUACGGGGCAGUUCUACUCUGUCUUGUAGGGUUGCUAUGAGUCAAAAUCGACUCCAUGGCAGUGGGUUUCGCUUUCCUUUUCUGAUUUUUCCAAACCAGAAAGCAAUAUUGAAGGCAUAUAAAAGAUUUUCCUUCUUUUUUAAAAUUAUUAUUAUUGUACUUUAGAUGAAGGUUUACAGAACGAACUAGGUCCUCAUUAAACACUUAGUAUACAUAUUGUUUUAUGACAUUGGUUAUCAAUCCCUCAACAUGUCAACACUGUCCCUUCUUGACCUUGGGUUCUUUAUUACCAGCUUUCCUGUCCCCUCCUGCCUUCUAGCCCUUGCCCUUGGGCUGGUGUGCCCCUUUAGUCUUGUUUUGUUUUAUGGGCCUGUCGAAUCUUUGGCUGCAGGGUGAACCUCAGGAGUAACUUAAUUUCUGAGCUAAAAGGACAUCCGGGGCCAUACUCUUGGGAUUUCUGCAGUCUCUGUUAGGCCAGUAAUUCUGGUCUUUUUUUGUGAGUUAGAAUUUUGUUCUGCGUUUUUCUCCAGCUCUGUCUGGGACGCUCUGUUGUGAUCCUUGUCAGAGCAGUCAUUGGUGGUAGCCAGGCACCAUCUAGUUGUGCUGGUCUCAGUCUGGUGGAGGCUGUGGUAGUUGUGGUCCAUCAUUUCUUUGGACUAAUCUUUCCCUUGUGUGUUUGGUUUUCUUCACUGUCCCUUGGUCCAGAUGAGGUGAGACUAGUGGAGUAUCUUAGAUGGCCGCUCACAAGCUUUUAAGAUCCUAGAUGCUACUUAGCAAAAAAGAAUCUGGAACAUUUUCUUUAUAAACUGUGUUUUGCCCACCGAACUGCCUGUUCCCUGAGACCACGGUCCCCACAGCCAGUACUUGGGUUCUUCAGGGAGCUUGGGUGUGUCUUUGGAGCUUCUAUAACCUUGAGAAGGUGUAUAAAAUAUUUUAAAUAUUAGAUAUUAAGUAUGUCACUGAUUCCUCAAAGUGCCAGACAUUAUCUAGUUUCAGAAUUUUUUUAGCUAUGAGUACAUACUUAAGGUAACUGUCAAAUGACUACUCAGAGUUGAGAGCCCAGCCUGAAACUGUAAGUUGCACAUGCGUGUUGCAAGCCUACUCAGCAGUGAUGUACGGGAGCUCUCUUUUUCAGUGGGACUGUGACCAGUUUAUAUUCUAUUAAUAAUAUAGGCACUAAUGUGUGGAAACCUGAGAGACCUGGCACCAUAUUUUUAAUUUAUUUCAGUAAUUUUUUAAGCAGCUCUUACUGUUGUUUCUAAAUGUUGCUGUUUCUCAGGGCUUUAUCCUGAACCCUUUGCUCUUCCACUUGAGGACAAGUUUUCCCUGAGUAUUUUAUUCAUUAUCCUAUUUUUAAUUACCACCCUUGAGAUGGUGAUUUAGUCCAUACAUAUCCCUGUGUAGACUUCCUUCUUAAGUUCCAAAACUACUCUGUAACCUUCUACUGGAUGUUCCCACCUAGUUAUUCCUUCUAACUCAGUGCACUUGAAAUCUGUGCCCCUCAGAUCUUCCUUUAUUUUGUGUUUCCUUAAGUCAUCCAAGCCAAAACCCAGGAGUUGUCCUACUUAGCUUCUUUGCCUCCCGUAGGGAUCAGUGAGCAAAUAAUCCCUCAGAUCUUUUUACCUCCUAAACAUAUUCAUGGGCUUUUAUAGUUUACAGUCUUUGUGACUCUGCCUGAAGUGCUUUCUUCACUCACUGCCCUUUCCUCUGCAUCUAUCCAGUUCAUAUUACCUCCUCUAUGAAAUUUUUGUAGGCUGCUUCCUCUCUCCUGGUAGCAUUAAUUUCCAGCAUCUCUACUUGCGUACCACUUGUAUAUUGUCUUUGUCAUAGGUCUUCCCACAUCAUUUUAUAAUUGCUUGUCUUUCACCUCUUAUUAGACUCUGAGGUUCUGAAGGACAACGAUCAUGUCUUGAUUCAUCUUUGGAUCCCUGGCGCUUAGCAUGGGUCUUGACUUCUCAGUGAUAACUAUAAGAAUUCAUCAAAAUGAUGAGUUAUUGCAUAAAAUAUGUUAUAAAUGUUGUGUUUUCCUAUGAAUGAUUCUUAAAGAAAAAUGGCAGGAUUACAAAGUAAGAAAUUUUAUAUUGUAGGAUUUUAUUUGAAAGUCCAUGUUUGAAAUUUGAGUUCUGGAGUUUUCGUUGUACAUAAAACAAGUUGUGACGAUAGGGCCUUAGAAUAAAAUAUGGUUUACUUCAACUGGAUUUUGUUAAUGAAAAUCUGAAUGUAGAAAACAAAAGAGGAGAUAAUUCAUGUUAUGAACUAAGUUUUGCAUUGCCAAGAAUGUAUUUAAUUUACUUUAGAUUUUCUUAAAAUUAAAGAUCUGAGUACACUCAAGUGUGUAUUUGGAAAAUGCAACUUAUUUAACAGUUUAAGGGGCAGUAAAAUAUAACAUAUUAUUAGCUUCUUCUAACUGAAGGGGAGUUAAUUGACAAAUAUAAUUUGUUCGGCUGUAAUAAACUAAUGCACAUACUUUAGGAAAAUAUAUAUUGUCUUCUAUGAUAUGUGUUUUCCACAGAAUAGAUUUGUCUUAUGGUAUGAGUGGUUAAAAAAAAUAGUCGUAACUUCAAAAUAGUGACCAAGAAUCCAACAGCUAAUAAUUGAUGACUGCAUUGCUAGCCACUCUGUAAUGCAGACUCACAAAACAUUUUAGGUGUAUAUUUGCAUGUGUUUUUGCACAUUUGUGUAAAAUGUUUUCAUUCCACACAUCUAUAUAAGCAACCUUUUAUCAGCUGGAGUCACUCUAUCCUUUUUAUAGCAACACGUAAAAAAGUUGGCAUAGUGGUGCUUACAAAAAUACUUUGGGGUGGGGCGCAGUUGGCAAACAAACGUAAAAGAUGUGCCUUAUUUACAUAAAAAUAUGGUAGAUGAAAUAGAUUUAAAUGUGUAACGCGUUGUUUUAUUUAACAGUUAGUGAAGCUUCUUAUUUGAAAAAUAUGUUUAGAUGUAAAGCAUCUAGCAUGUAACUGCAGGAAACAUUAUCUUAUACUUGCAUGUGGAAAUAUGACUCUGCUCAAAGAAUAAAUCAUUAGUUAUACUAACACUAAUUAAUAUCCAGAGCUGGAUCUGUAUCCUGGCUUGUUCUCAGAGGCCUAACUCAGCUCUCAUUACAUUGUCUUUGCGUCAGUGAAGCAACAAACAAGCACAGUAUUCCUAUACCUGGGAAAAUAAUUUAAAUUUCUUCUGAGUUUGUGAUUAAAAAUAGGUAGCUCAGUAUAGAUUUGAUCUUAGGUUUGCCACUGACUGUAGGAACUAUGGAAACCCUGGUGGCGUAGUGGUUAAGUGCUAUAGCUACUAACCAAAGUGCUGGCAGUUGGGAUCCACCAGGCGCUCCUUGGAAACUCUAUGGGGCAGUUCUACUCUGUCCUAUAGGGCGGCUGUGAGUCAGAAUCGAUCCGACGGCACUGGGUUUGGUUUUAGUUUUGUUUUUGGUAGGAACUAUUAAGGGAACCACUUUCAUUUUGAGGAGCCCUGGUGUCACAGUGGUUCAGAGCUUGGCUGCAAACCAAAAGGUUGACUGGUCGAAUCCACCAGCCAGCCACUCCUUGGAAACCCUGUGGAGCAGUUCUACUCUGGCCUGUAGGGUUGCUAUGAGCAGGAAUCAACUCCACAGCAAUGAGUUUGUUUUGGUUUGGUUUUGCCGUUGAUUAUAGGAAGUAUUAAGGGAACAACUUCCAUUUUGAUACUAAUCUUUGGAAUUUGACAGCUAUGUGCUGUUCUUAGUACUUAUUAGCUAAAAAUAUCCAUAAAUAACUUAGCUGAAAGGUGCCAAAAUAGUUUCUGUUUUAGGUCUGACAGAGAUGACUUUUAGAAGUCGUCAUAAGAUAUAAAUGAACUAAACAAAUACAUGCAUACAUACAUAUAUAUGUAAAACAAAUAUGUUUUUAAAAAGUAAUAAAUUUACCUCUACUUUAAAUUUUGAUUUGCCAUUGAUAUAAUCAAGUAGCUUCAUGGUUAUCCUUUAAACUGUCAGGUUAUUGAGGUUCUUUUUCUCUGUACCAGUCAUUGAAGUUAUGUUUUUAUAUUGAAGAUUGUAUGAGGCUAGCAAUUGCAUGUUUUUCUUUCUUCUUUUGGUUUUUGAUAGUGGCAGCAACCCAGACUUACAAAAAAAAGAGAAAAAUUCUCAUAACUCUAAAGGUUGCUUUGGGGUGGAUAGGCACAUUGGAUGAGAGAAGUAAGUUCUGUAAUCUCAUGUAAUAAGUUCUGUAGAAUUAUUAAAGUUCUUUGUAUGAAUUGUUUGAGAAGAUUAUAACUGGCAUUUUGCUAGACUAGGAGGGGCGCCUUUAUGGAGAAAAUCAGGGUGCUGUGUGGUUAAAAACAAUUAAUUACAUAGAUUAACUACCUCUCCACUGUUGCAUAUUGCAGUCUUGUAACUCUUUUAUUAUUAUUAUUUCUCCCUUUAAUCUACAGUAUGCAUUAUUUCUUAGAGUUUCUAACUGUAUUAAAGUAUAAUUUCUUUCAUGUCAUUUACUUUUCUGCAAACAGUCAGUAGCUCCUUUCCCUCUAUCUACUGCAUCGGGUUGAUACCACAGUCUGGUAUCAACGUAGUUCUCUAGCACUCUGUGUUGUAUCCGAACAAGAUUACUGAUUACUCUCUACUGUGCUGUGGUCUUCUCUGCCUUUGGUCUGGCUUUUUCCCCAUAUCUGGAAUUUGCUUAACUGACCCUAUUGACUUCUAGAAUCCUACUGAGUUUUUAAAGCUCAGCUCGAAUAUCAUCUUCUCAUGAACCCUUUUAUGAUUCUCCUAAUUCACUGCCAGUGUAAUAUGUAUCUACUAUAAACUUACAGCAGUGUUACAUUUGCCACUUAAAAAAUUUUGUAUUUUAGUGUGGUUAUUGGAAUGGCUUGUUUUAUCUUGUUUAAAUUGCAGGACAUCAGGAGCAGGAACUUUAAGGAACUAUUCAUUAAAUAUUUAAAAGGAAGAAGGAACUUCUCUAAUUCUGUUCUUGGUUCUCCUGUAUCCCCUCUCUUGUGUGCCACCCUCUUACCAAGAAAAGAUGAGGGAGUCCUAUAGCUUUGAUGGUAUACCUCAAGUUUACUAUUUUGGCCCUUGUGGUAAAUACAAUGCUAUGGUGCUGGAACUGCUGGGACCUAGUUUAGAAGACUUGUUUGACUUGUGUGACAGAACGUUUUCUCUUAAAACAGUUCUUAUGAUAGCUAUACAACUGAUUUCCCGUAUGGAAUAUGUCCAUUCAAAGAACUUGAUAUAUAGAGAUGUAAAACCUGAGAACUUCUUAAUAGGACGACCAGGGAACAAAACCCAGCAAGUUAUUCAUAUUAUAGAUUUUGGUUUGGCAAAGGAAUAUAUUGAUCCAGAGACGAAGAAACACAUACCAUACAGAGAACACAAGAGUCUUACGGGAACAGCUAGAUACAUGAGCAUAAAUACACAUUUAGGAAAAGAACAAAGUAGAAGAGAUGAUUUAGAAGCUUUAGGUCAUAUGUUCAUGUAUUUUCUGAGAGGCAGUCUUCCUUGGCAAGGUUUAAAGGCAGAUACAUUAAAAGAGAGGUAUCAAAAAAUUGGAGAUACAAAACGAGCCACACCAAUAGAAGUGUUAUGUGAAAAUUUUCCAGAAGAAAUGGCAACAUAUCUUCGUUACGUAAGAAGGCUAGAUUUUUUUGAAAAACCGGACUAUGACUACCUAAGGAAGCUCUUUACUGACUUGUUUGAUCGAAAAGGAUAUUUGUUUGAUUAUGAAUAUGACUGGAUUGGUAAACAGUUGCCUACUCCAGUGGGUGCAGUUCAGCAAGAUCCUGGUUUGUCAUCAAACAGAGAAGCACAUCAACACAGAGAUAAGAUGCAGCAAUCCAAAAACCAGUCGGCAGACCACAGGGCAGCUUGGGACUCCCAGCAGGCAAAUCCCCACCAUUUGAGAGCUCACCUUGCAGCAGACAGACAUGGUGGCUCGGUACAGGUUGUAAGUUCUACAAACGGGGAAUUAAACACAGAUGACCCUACUGCAGGACGUUCAAAUGCGCCCAUCACAGCCCCUACAGAAGUAGAAGUGAUGGAUGAAACCAACUGCCAGAAAGUGUUGAACAUGUGGUGCUGCUGUUUCUUCAAACGAAGGAAAAGGAAAACUAUUCAGCGCCACAAAUGACUUUGGACAUAGACAAACCAUGG